AUGGGACGCAUUUUCAAGGGAGCAGCUGUUCUUUGCCUCGCGGCGCUCUCUGGGCUACAGCCGGCGGCAGGAGAUUUGGAGUUCCAGCCUCAGGAUGCAGACAAAGAUGCAUACACCUCCAUCAACUUGGCCCGCGUUGGUCAGUUGUCUGUACGGAUUGGCGUAUUGACGGAGAACAGCGAACUGGUUGAAAAGAUAAAGAGUGCAUUACCAUCGGCGCAAUCUGACCCGCCAUCCACUACGUGUGAGGAAGCCAUCGCAGAACUCAAAAAGACGAACUUUUUGGCACAGCUCACAGAAACUGGAGACCAGAAAUAUCGCCAAGCUGUGGAGAAAGUCCUUGAAGCUGGAUUUAAUGAGCUGCAGUCGUACCCUGAAGAUGAGGGGGAGUGGACGACGUUCUGGGGGAAACCCGACUUUGCCAACCUCGCACGCCUUCUUUCGUCUAACAGUACCAAAGUUGGCUGCGCCGUAGGAACAUGCACUAAAACAGAGGAGGCUCGAACAGGAACAAGUAUCACAUUUCUUUUGUGUGAGAUGGAUCCUGCAGCGGUGCAAAACAAGGCUCCCUUCGACAAGGAGUAUUACGAAGCGCUCAAAGAACGAAAAACAUCAUUGACAGAAAUGACUGACGAGGACCUCAAAGCUCCUGUCCAGGGCGGUGCAGCUGCUGCCGUCCCCUCCCUUCUUGUAGCAGGCUUAACUGCUAUAGUGGUAUUUGCCUCUGCAUAG